GACUAAUGCAACAUUUCUCUUGGCAAUUCAGCCAGUUGUAAAGCUCCUAACAUGCUCCUCAAAAAGUUCCAUUGAUGUCUUCACGUCAGAUUAUAAUAUCAUUCAACUUACAAAAAAGAAAAGAUUGUGCAAUAAGCAUGUCAAAAAGGAUGAGAUAGUAGUAAAGCAGAGAGAAAGAGAGAAGAGACAUAAAGUCAAAUAAAAAUGCUUCCUUUUUAAGUUCUGUUUCCUCCAUCGUUCGGACACAUUUUCAUUUCUCUCUCUCUCUCUCUCUCUCUCUCUCUCUCUCACUAACGAACGCCAUGGACGAGACCCAGAUUGCAUCCCUCCUCAAAUCAUCAGACAUCUUCCCUCUCCCUCAAAGCCUCAAACUUUCCUACGGAACAGCCGGAUUCCGAGGCGACGCAAGCCUCCUAGACUCCACCGUCUACAGAGUCGGCAUCCUCUCAUCCCUCCGCUCCCUCAAGCUCAAACCCUCCACAAUCGGACUCAUGAUCACAGCCUCCCACAACAGAGUCUCCGACAACGGCAUCAAAGUCGCCGACCCGUCCGGCGGAAUGCUCUCCCAGGAAUGGGAGCCAUUCGCGGAUCAGAUCGCGAACGCGUCUUCUCCUCAAGAGCUCGUAGCUUUGAUCAGAGAGUUCAUCGAAAGAGAAGAGAUUUCAAUCGGAGGAGGUGGUGACGUGGGAGAGGUGUGGCUGGGGAGAGAUACUAGACCUAGCGGCGAGUCUCUUCUCCGAGCUGCGGAGAUCGGAGUCUCCUCUGUUUCGGGAUGCGUUGCUGUUGACAAGGGGGUGUUGACGACUCCUCAGUUGCAUUGGAUGGUUAGAGCUAAGAACAAAGGUCUUAACGCAACGGAGAGUGAUUACUUUGAGAGUCUAUCGACUUCGUUUAAGUGUUUGAUUGAUCUGAUCCCUGUUAAGAAGUUAGAGAGUAGUAAGCUUGUUUUAGAUGGGGCUAAUGGUGUGGGUGGGGAGAAGAUGGAGGAGUUGUUAAGAGGGUAUUUACGUAAUUUAGAUGUUGAGGUUCGUAACACAGGGAGAGAUGGUGGUGUGCUUAAUGAAAGUGUAGGUGCUGACUUUGUUCAGAAGGAAAAGGUUGUACCUUUAGGUUUUGGGGUUAAUGACGUUGGGGUGAGGUGUGCUAGCUUUGACGGUGAUGCUGAUCGGUUAGUUUACUUUUACGUUUCUUCUGGUGAUAAGAUUGAGUUGCUAGAUGGUGAUAAGAUUCUGUCUUUGUUUGCUCUCUUCAUCAAAGAGCAGCUAAACACUCUUGAAGGGAAGCUAUCUCGUCUUGGUGUUGUGCAGACAGCUUACGCAAACGGUGCGUCGACGGAUUACUUGAAAGGUUUGGGUUUAGAUGUUGUUUUUGCGAAGACCGGGGUGAAGCAUUUACAUGAGAAGGCAGCUGAGUUUGAUGUUGGGAUCUACUUCGAAGCUAAUGGCCACGGGACUAUACUCUUCUCGGAGUCUUUUGUUUCGUUGUUAGUUGGGAAGCAGAAGGAUCUGAGUGAAGGCUCUGAUGAGUACAAUGCGGUUUCUAGGCUAGUGGCGGUGAGUAAUCUGAUUAACCAAGCGGUUGGUGAUGCUAUAAGUGGGUUGCUAUUGGUUGAAGUGAUUCUGCAGCACAUGGGGUGGUCAGUGCAGAAGUGGAAUGAGCUGUACAAGGACCUUCCUAGCAGACAGGUUAAGGUGGAAGUUCCAGACAGAACAGCGGUUGUGACAACUAGCGAAGAAACCGAGGCGUUGAAACCUUUGGGGAUUCAGGAUGCUAUUAAUGGUGAGAUCAAGAAAUACAAGCGUGGCAGAGCUUUCAUAAGGCCGUCAGGUACAGAAGAUGUGGUGAGAGUGUAUGCAGAAGCAUCCACACAAGAAGAUGCUGAUUCUUUGGGUGAUUCUGUGGCUCAGCUUGUCAAAAGCUUCCUUGGUUCAGGCUAAAGGUCCAUCUGAAUGAAUCUUUCAUGCAAUGCUAAUUAAGAGGUCUUUCUUGUUCAUCUCUUAGGUUUCACGUUUGUCUUAUCUUUCGUGUUCUGUUACUUGAGAGCUACUUUGUUUCUCUUCUAGCUCUCUUCUCCCUUUUCUUUCCAAUAAAGUUCUUAAACUGGAAUGUAUCUUCUUCUCUUGAAUAGUAUAAGUGAGAGAUCGUUGCCAAGGGCUCAGUACCAGGUACU